AUGGCUAUUAAGUUAGACUUUCAUAAGGCGUAUGACAGUGUAAACUGGGACUUCUUGGUUUUGGUGAUGAAGGAAAUGGGCUUCCGUGAUAAGUGGUUGGGGUGGAUAAAGCAAUGCAUCACUACUGUUCAAUACGCUGUUUUAGCAUCUAUGGAUGAAGCAGCUCAUAUUAAGUCUAUGUUGGAAUCUUUCAGUUUGUCUUCAGGCCAGAAAAUUAAUCCUCAUAAGUUAGACAUCACUUUCAGCAGUAACUCUCCUACCCGCAUACGAAGGGAGAUAGAAAAUUUGUUCCAAAUCCCAAACUCAGGAUCUUUGUCCAAGUACCUUGGAUUGCCAGUUGAAUGGGGUCGUUCUAAGAAGCAAGCUCUAUCUUUCUUAAAAGAAGUCCUUCUCAAAGCAGUUGUGCAAGCGAUUCCUUCCUUUGUAAUGUCAGUUUUUAAGCUUCCAGUUGGAUUGAUCGGGGAAUUGCAUCAGAUGGUAGCAAAAUUUUGGUGGCGCAAUUCAUUGGAUAGAGGGACUAUUCACGGGUUAAGUUGGAAUAAACUUUCCUGGAACAAGCGUGAAGGAGGGAUGGGCUUCAAAGAUCUCAGCUUGUUUAAUUUAGUUCUCCUAGCAAAACAGGCUUGGAGAAUUAUAAAGAAUUCCCAAGCUCUGUGGGUGCAAAUAUUGAAAGGAAUUUUUUUUCCUUAUUCUGAUUUUCUUGAUGCUCAGAGAGGCUAUCAUCCCUCCUGGGGCUGGAACAAUGUGUUGGAUGGGCAGGACGCACUGAAAAAUGGUUUGAGAUGGAACAUUACGGGACGUGCUUUUAUUAAUGCUUGGAAUGAUCCGUGGAUUCCAACUUUACGUAAUUUUAAAAUUAACAAUUUGCACCCCUAUGAUAGUCCUAUAAUUUAUGUGGCAGACCUCAUCAAUGGGGCGUCUAAGAAAUGGGAUCCAUGCAUAUUAAGAGAUUCUUUCACAAUGGAGGAAUGUGAGGAAAUUAUGAAGAUUCUGUUGGGGAACUCUGCCCCAAAGCUAACAACAUGGUUUGGAUCUAGAUUGGGUUUUUCUCCUAAUGAGAUUGGCUUUUCUACUUUUGGUGAUUGGUGGCAACGAUUGCAAGAAGUAUUGAAUUCUAGUGAUAGAUAUGUUCUUUGCUUAGCUGGUUUAAUUUGUUGGAACAUUUGGAAAAUGCGAAAUGCUGCUAUUUUUAAUUAUUCUCCACCGAAUCCAGUUUUGACUAUCCGUAAAGCCCAGAAUGCUGUUGAAGAGGUGCGAUCAUUGGUUACUCCGCAACAUCAUUCUCAGCUGUCAAGUAAUGCUUCCCCAGCUCCUUUGCAGGUUAGAUGGAUUGCUUCUAAUCUGGGUUCUGUAAAAGUUAAUGUCAAUGCAUCUUUUAAGAGUGACAAUUCAAUGGCUGGGUAUGGGAUUAUUGUGCGCAAUGCAGAGGGUAGUAUGAUAGAUGGAUGUGCUGCUACGUUUACUGCUCUCUCCCCUUUGGGUAUCGAAGGUGUAGCGUUAAGAGAGGCUGUCCUUUUUGUUAUCAACAGAGGCUACUCAUCAGUAAUUCUGGAGUCAGACUCUCAGCUUCUUAUUAAGUUGCUGUCAGAUAUGUCCCUUCCCAUUCCAUGGGAGAUCCAAGCUGUUAUGCAUGACCUUCGUGUAAUGUUGGAUUCCUAUCCUUUGUUUUCAGUUUGUUAUGUCCUUAGAGAUGCUAAUAGUUGUGCUAAUUGGUUGGCAUUACUGUUAGAGUUGGCUCCCUGCUUCAGGGUUGGAGUUCUAAUCCCUCUCAGCAGUUAG